ACGGACCAAAAUAUCAUCCGGAGAGUUGACGUGGACGUUUAUGUGCAAAAUGGCCAAUUCUAAGGUAGAAAUUUCAACCGAUAGUUCCAACGUAUCACCGAAUAUAAAUGUGCCGUCACAGCCCAACAACCCACUCUCCAGGAAGCUUAACAAAAUAUUGGAAACGAGACUUGACAAUGACAAGGAGAUGCUGGAGGCGCUUAAGGCGCUUUCAGUCUUCUUCACUGAGAACAGUUUGCGGACCAGAAGAAAUCUUCGUGGUGAUAUAGAGAGACGAAGUCUGACUAUCAAUGAAGAAUUUGCACGAAUAUUCAAAGAAGUUAAAGAGGAGCUUGAAAGUGUUCAUGAGGAUGUCCAGGCCAUGAGCACAUGUUGUGAAGAAAUGACCAACAGAUUGAAGGCUGCAAAAGAGCAAACACAGGACCUCAUUGUAAAAACCAACAAGCUGCAGGGAGAAAAUCAUCGACUUGAGGUGAGAGCUCGGGUUGCUCAAGCUUUCCUUGCCAAGUUCCAGCUCUCUAAUGAGGAGAUGGCCACGCUACGAGGUGCUCGUGAUGCACAAAUUACUGAGGAUUUUUUCAAAGUUCUCAGCCGGGUGAAGCACAUUCAUGAGGAUGUGAAAAUCCUCCUGCGAACAAACCAGCAAACUGCAGGGUUAGAGAUCAUGGAGCAGAUGGCAGUGUUACAGGAGACCUCAUAUGAGCAACUGUACCGCUGGGCUCAGAAUGAAUGCAGAGGAUUGACUCAGGAGACGUGUGAUAUCAGCCCUGUGUUGACUCAAGCCAUGGAGGCCUUACAGGACCGACCAGUUCUUUACAAGUACACCCUGGAUGAGUUUGGGACUGCACGCAGGUGUGCUGUGGUACGAGGCUUCAUUGAUGCUCUGACCCGAGGUGGCCCAGCAGGAACUCCUCGCCCAAUAGAGAUGCAUUCACAUGACCCUAUGAGGUAUGUUGGGGACAUGCUGGCCUGGCUGCACCAAGCAACCGCCUCAGAGAAGGAACAUCUUGAAGCUCUGCUGAAACAAGUCACUAUGCAAGGUGUGGAGGAGAACAUGCAAGAAGUGGUGGGACACAUCACAGAGGGAGUCUGCAGGCCCCUGAAAGUCCGGAUAGAACAAGUCAUUGUGGCAGAGCCAGGUGCUGUCCUGCUAUACAAGCUGUCCAACCUGCUCAAAUUCUACCACCACACAAUCAGCUCUAUUAUUGGAACGAGUGUGGCCUCAUUGCUCAUGACCAUUGAAGAAAUGCACCUCCUCAGCAAAAAGAUGUUCUUCAACAGUCUGAGCCUUCAUGCAAGCAAACUCAUGGACAAGGUGGAGCUGCCACCUGCAGACCUUGGACCUACAGCAUCACUCACUCAGACCCUCUCUCUUCUCAGGGAGGUGCUUGCCUCCCAUGACUCCUCCGUCGUUCCUCUGGAUGCUCGUCAGGCUGACUUUGCUCAGGUGCUGUCUUGCAUCCUGGAUCCCCUCCUGCAGUUGUGCACCGUGUCAGCCAGUAACCUCGGCACAGCUGACAUGGCUACCUACAUGGUCAACUCACUGUACGUCAUGAAGACCACGCUGGCUCUCUUUGAGUUCACCGACAAGAGGCUUGAGAUGCUUGAGUUCCAGAUUGAGGCUCACCUUGAUACACUGAUCAACGAGCAGGCAUCAUACGUGCUGACCAGAGCCGGACUGAGUUACAUCUACAGCUGUGUGCAGGAGCACGGCACUGAACAGGGUCCUCUGUCCCUUCUCCCUGGUAUGGACAGCUCCUCUGUGAAAGCAGCAAUGGUCCAGUUUGAUCGCUACUUGUCCUCACCUGACACUCUUGUGAUGCCACAGCUCAAUUUCCUGCUGAGUGCAGCCAUUAAGGAGCAGAUUUUCCGACAGUCAACAGAGCUGGUAUGCAGAGCAUAUGGAGAGGUUUACACGGCUCUGACCAGCCCAGCUAAUGCCUACAAAGACCCAGAAAACCUGGUACCCAGAUCCCCUCAGCAAGUUCAAACCCUGCUGUCCUGAGACACUUUGAUUCCUUGUUGAUGUGAGAUGCAAAGCGAGGACCUGCAGAGGAAAACCUGCAGGUUAUUUAAGGAGAUAUGUAAUUUGUACAGUAAAUGUAUAUAAAAGUAGAUGUAUAGGCCCAGCUUAUGUUGGAAAAUGUGUGAUGUGGGUCAGUGACCUCAGAGAGACAUGU